AUGGCGGGCCGGAAUGUUCUCGCCGUGCUGCUUCUUCUGUAUUCGAUCCACGCCGCGACCUUCGUCACAGCCGUACACGGCCGCCAUGAUGUGCGGCUCGCCGCGAUUCCCAAGGGCCAGCUGCCGACGCGCGAGCAGAUGCUAGCGGAGGUGGCGAAAGCCAUGGCGGUGGUGAAAAAGAACCCCAACUACACCAAGAUCGCCUCCAUCGGCAAGACUCUCCUCCCGAAAGCGCCCAAAAAGUACGACGUACGGCAGGCCUACAACAGCACGAUUCUCGUCGGCAGCAACGACGCCAUCACCAGCCUCAUGAAACGCGUCCCUAUAACGCAGCUCGAUCGGCUGUUUCAGACGCUACAGUACAUGACGAUUCGCGGAAGAUGGACGAUUGCAAAGCUGCAAAAGCAGGGCACGACGAAAUUCGCCACGUGGUACGGCAAGCUCCCGCUGCAGAAGAUGACGCUCGCGAACUCUGCGACGCUGUCGUUCGGGAAACCUGGAAGCGCGCCGAGCAAGUGGACGACCAUUCAGACGGCGGGCUUGUACCGCGGCCCUUAUUUCACCGUCCACGGAGUUAACUACUGCAUCGUCGUCUAG